AUGGUCCGGACACCUGUCUGGCUGUUUCUUUGCCUAAUAUCCGCGGUUGAACUUCAAGAAGCAGUGGAAGGAGAAUGUUGUGCAGAAGACGUCCAAAAUGCGAAUACCGAUGUGGAACUACAGGAUAUAGAAUUAGCAGAAGCAUGUCCAGAACUUAAUGGUCAAAUAAUUGGUGGCAGACCUAGUUCAGUGACAAGACACCCGCAUCAAGUGUCUAUGGUGAUCAAUAGAAAUUCCUUCUGCGGAGGAUUCAUUAUAAGCCGCGAUUAUGUGCUCACAGCAGCGCAUUGCGUUUUAAACACAAUUCCUUCUGAUAUUCGUCUCCGAGUGGGCAGCACACGUCGCGACUCCGGUGGCCGUAUCAUUGCUGUAUCCAACGUGACCGUUCACCCUCAGUACGGUAGGCCGCGAUUCGACAACGACAUCGCAGCUUUGCGGCUUGCUAGACCUCUUAAUUUCAAUGCUGCAAUCCGACCGAUAAGAUUGCCCCAGCCGCAGCAACCUGUGCCGUUAGUCCGGCUGACGGUUACAGGCUGGGGUCUUACUGCUCCUCGCGGUCGACGGAUUCCUCGUAUAAUGAUGGAAGCGAAAGUGCCGGUUGUACCUCACUGGCUGUGUCGCCUAUCUUAUGGUGAUGCUCUCACUAAAAACAUGUUCUGCGGUGGACAUUUUCUUAUAGGCGGAGUGUCAUCAUGCCAGGGUGACUCCGGCGGCCCAGCUGUGUAUCGUGGAACAGUAUUUGGCGUUGUCUCUUUCGCACGUGGAUGCGCAUUGCCGCUGUCUCCCACUGUGUUCACCAAUAUAGCGGCGCUGAGAGAUUGGGUCACAGAGAACACCGGAGUAUACGAGAUGUUCCUCAUCGGGUACCAAUUCCGUGUUCUGUCACCAAUUUUCACCAUCCACUGGGGCCUUCAGGCUCGACGGACGCGCCCUCUGUGGAGAGAGAAACAAAACGAAAAGAACAGAAAGAACUUCGAGACAUUCAAACGAGAACUUUUCGCUAGAUAUAGGAAAGAUCCAUUGCAUUUACUUAGAAGACCACCCCAGCAGCAAAAGAAAGGAUAG